UUAAUAUUUUCAGCAUUUAUUACUAUGGACAAUUUGAACUACUCGUCUCCUCUGGUGAAGGGGGACUUAUGGAUAAUUGAUGGAGGAUUCUCAACUCAGCUCAUGGUGUAUAUGGAGGGGUUGGACAAUGAUCCUCUCUGGACAGCUCGUAGUAUUGUAACCAAUCCUGAUUUAGUGGAACAGGUGCACAUGGACUUCAUCAAUGCCGGAGCUAACGUGAUCCUUACCUGCAGUUAUCAAAUCAGUGAACAAGGAUUUAAACAACACUUGAACAUGAAUUCUAAAGCUACGGUUGAGGCAGUUCGAACUUCUGUUCAGUUGGCAAAAUCUGCAAUUAAAAAAUGCGAAAAACGCGCAAUUUUAAUUGGAGGAUCCGUCGGUCCAUAUGGAGCUUGUCAAUCCGACGGAAGUGAGUACACGGGAGCCUAUCUGGACGCUUUAUCCCGAGAGGAACUUGUUAAAUGGCAUUUACCCCGAAUACAAACUCUCAUCUCAUCUAGAGUUGAUUUUAUUGCUGCGGAAACCCUUCCUAGUUGGAGAGAAGCCAUCGCUAUCCUAGAUUGUAUAUCUGCUACCGGAGGAACUACUCCAGUCUGGGUUUCAUUUACGCUCAAAAAUGAGAACAAUUUACCUACUGGAGAAACUAUUCAGGACGCAAUGAGACAAUUAAGAAAACAUGAACUUUUCGACAAAGGAAGAAUUUUCGCUGUUGGGUUCAAUUGUCUUCACCCGAAGUUAGUUUCUGGUGGGAUUGAUAAUAUCCGGAAGGUUGCGAAAACUAUUCCUAUUGUUGUAUACCCUAAUAGCGGAGAGGACUGGGAUGGGAUUGCAAGGUGCUGGAAGGGAGAAGGUGGGAUUGAUUGGAGUGAUUAUGUGGGGGAUUGGUUGAAAAAAGGCGUGGUUGGACUAGGCGGCUGUUGUCGGUUGGGGGCGGAGCACAUUGCAGACCUCAGACUUUCCGUUGCCAAGGUGUUACUAAACCAAAUUUAAAUUUUUACAUUUUCAGA